AUGGGUAUCCUUGAGAUUUAAUUCUUCGCAACUCUUGAAAACCUUUAAGAUCUGACCCUUCCAUUGAGUGAAGACUGGCAUUUCGUUGUGAAAUGCACUCACUGCAAUGAGCAGCACCCAAACACCAUCUACUUCAACCUCCAAGAAAUAAAGGACAUUGAGAAUGCUAGGGGCAAGGCCAAUUACUAUUCUAAGUGUAGCUACUGCAAGAGAGAGGGUACCAUCCUCUUCCUUGAAAGCUCGUUCCAGACUUACAAUUCAUCUGAAAAGUAUUAAACUGUUGCUAAAUUUGAGUGCAGAGGACUUGAGAUCCUAGAGUUCGUUCCUAAUGGACACUUUCACGCAUAAUCAACUGCCAGUGAGGAAACCUUUGAUGAUAUCGUCUUGACUGACAAAGAUUGGGCUGGCUACGAUGAAACUGGAGAUGCCUCAGUUGGAAUCUAUGACUUCAAGAGCUAGAUUAUCACUUCUAAGAAAUGA